AUGGCCGCCGCCGCCGAUGAUGACCAACGGAAAAUCGUUGCAGAGUUCCAGCGAUUGAGGGAAGAACAAAAAGAGACUGCAGAGGAAAUUACGCGGAUAGAGGAGGAGAAGCGCGAGCACAGCCGUGUCAUUGAGUUGCUGUCAGAAGAUUGUGACCCUGAGCAGAAGUGUUUUCAAGUAAUCAGCGACACAAUGGUCGAGCUCACCGUUGGCACAGCGCUCCCGCAACUCAAGGAGAAGCUUGAAAAGUUAAACCUAAUCGGCGAGCAGCUCAACAAGCGACUGGUCGAUAAAGGCACCGAGUUGAACACCUACCGAGAGAAGCACAACAUUCGGGUGCUCUCGCAAAAAGAAGCGGAAGGGAUGAAGCAAAAAAUGCUGGAAGCGCAACUAUCUCAAGUCAAGAAG